GGGUUUGGUCACGCGUUCUACGCGAAGGUCAGCGGCGCCACCACUCUACUUCUCGUAAACGAACGCUUUGUAAAUAACUGUUUUGUUUUUCACCCAAAUACUGUUUCAAAAACUCUCUGGUAGGCGACCACUUCUCACACACCACGCAUUCUUUUGUUUUCUGUUUGUGAUAAGCGACAACCCCUACUAGAAUUACUCGAGUGUCACAGAUGUUCAGUUUUUUUAAUAUCGCUGGCCCAGAGUACUGACAAAUACACUGUAAUAACAGUACAGAGAAUACUUCCAAGAAGAGAUGAAUUCGCUGAUUAUUGGGGUUGCGAAGAGUUGUGAAAAAAGUGUCUGAUAUUCUUGUUGACUGAAGGCUCAAAACAACUGAUAAAGACGUUGUGUGACAAGAAGCGUGACUGUUGGAAUCAGUUUGCUCUCUCUUUAAUCCUAUAGCCUGUGAAUACAGCUGUUUCUCCUGGCUCCUCGCCGCCAGGGACUUUUUGCAACGUCCUUAGCGACAAGGAGCAAGGAGAAACAGUUGUAUUUGCAGGUGAAUAAUCCAAGAGCCGAGCAAACCGAUUCCAGCAGUCACACUUCUUGUCACACAAUGUCAUUAUGAGUUGUGCUACCAUUAAGUUAGACUGCAAAACAGUCCGUAUUUUUGCGUAUUCAAGUACGCGCGAGCAGUCAAACAAAAGGUCUGGAAUGAGGCUGAAAACAGAGAGUGAGACUGGGGAGAGACGCUCGCGCGCGUAAGACUCUUACGCUACGCUUUACCGAUUUCUUUACUGAUUUUGAGAAAAAAACCGAGUGUUUUGCAGUCUACCAUUAAGUGAUAUUUUUACUAAAAUGGACUGUGAUUGCUUAACUUUUUCAGCCAACGGUUCUGAAGAUUUCGCUCUUCUCCCUGAUGGACUUGCCUUUGUUUCUUCCGUAAGUUCUUGUUUUUUUUGCAGCACCCAGCACAUUCUCAGGCCUAAUUUCCACGUGUAGUCAAUUGAUAGAAAUCGAUAUUGGAAAUAAAUGUGGGGGACCCAAGGUAGAUCAGGUAACCUGCUUAGGUGGGGUAACCUGCUUGUCUAUAUAAUCUCUCAUUUUAAUUUGAUCACGUUUACAUGAUAGGUGGGGUGACCCGUUAAGGUGGGUAGCCCGGUCUGCCAAACUGGGUUACCCUCUCAAGGUGGGGUAGUCCCCCUAGCUGGGGUCGGAUUUGUGAUACAUCAAAUUCGUGCAAAAUUCACUUUGGCGGUGGCUUUGCAUGAUUAUUCAAGGUAGCAAUAGAAAGCCACAGCUCUGAAGGUUGCGGCAAGAGCCGCAAGUGACUGUAGAAGAGCAUUAAUCGCCAAAACACAUGGUUUGUCAACAUUUUUCUUGUUUACAUGCUUAGCAACCAUUCAGUAAUCUUGAGAAAGAUUGCAUGUAAAGGAGAGUUGUUUUUUUUAUCCCACCUAAGGGAGUUACCUCACCUACCUGGGGCCCCCCUACCCUCAUGUAAACAGGCCCUUGUUAUUGAUUGAUAUUGGAAAUCGAAAGAAAUCGAAGUCACUGAAACAAUUAUCCAUCGAUUAUUAUCGAUGAAAAAAUCGUUUACAAUCGAUAGUAAUCGAUACCAAAUAUUAACCAUGAGGACCAAUAUUUUCAGAUAUUUUGAACAUGACGACGCUCUAUGGCAAACAACACCAACAAGACCAGCUUUAGCUUGAACACUUUAUUUAUAACUUCAGCAACUACUUCAGGCGUAGUCUUCAUCGCAUCCCAUUUUUUGUUUCUUUGGUUUCUUAAAUAGGUUUUUACAAUGUCCAUUCAAUCCAGUGCCAUCAGCUGCAUCUUGUAUUUCUAUCUCGAUCAGAUUGGAAAUCCAGAUCAUUGCGGUACAUUGAAAUCCUCCAGAUCGCUGCCAUCUUUUGUUGAACUUCCACCGAAUGACUUAAGGUGGCUGAACACAGUUUCGCGCAUGGUCAGCGGUAACUCGUGUGACGGCAAGUGUUUUAAAUUACACAAACAAACAUGGCAGCGAAAUAGCAAUAGAACAUAAAAGACAAUUUCUCAAAAUCUACUCAUUAAAAUUUUGUGAUUGCCAGAAUUUUUACUUUUAUCAUAUUUUAAAUAAUGAGAAUUUUAAAAUGGAUGUUGAACAGACGAUUUUUAUGACACAUUUAAUAAUUACAGUACAAUUAUAUUAUUGAUUGUCUAAAAACCCCUCUGUUAAAAUUUGGUCAAAUAAGUUUCAAAUGGUAAUGAUUAUUAUAGUAAGCUGGGUGCAAGUUUAUAGGAAAAUCUAAUGAGUUAUUUUUCUGUAAACUGAGCAAAAGUGAAAUUUUAAGGUUGUAUUCAAUCGUUCAUGUUGCCAUAGAAAUUACGAAAAAGUUAAAUUUUACCUGUCAAUCAAAAUCUUUCAUCAGUAUAUUUUUCACUUGCAAAGUUUCAGCUUGUGAGCUGCAACCCUUCUCUUGCCAUGAUGGCAAAUGGCAAGUGACAUAUACUCACAAACUUCCAAAACUGUGCUCAGCCACCAUAACUAUUCUUCGAUAAUAAUCAAUAGUAAUUGAUCAACCUCUUUCCCAGGGUUCUCUCAGUAAGAGAGGACUCUGAGAACGAGGUUGAGUGAUUGAUAACAAUCGAUAAAUCGACUAUUAUCGAUUUCUAUCGCAAAAUCGAAAGUAAUCGAACUCACAACUUUUUUCUUUAUCGAUUUCUAUCGAUUGAUAUCGGAAAUCGGUAUCAAUUGGAUUAACUACACCCAUCCUUGGAGACCCAGGGGCAUAUAGUAGGGCAAGGGAAAGUCUAAACGGGCGGGAAAAAAUGGCGCGAAGAAAAGUAAAGAACGACCGGGAAGAAGAGCUGUUUACUUUUUUCUUUUCCCGGUUCUUUACUUUUCUUUGCGCCAUUUUUUUUCCGCCUUUUCAGACUAUAAAAUAUCAGUCCCUUGCCCCCACUAUAUUCCCCUGGGUCUCUGAGGAUGAACUAUGCUUGGCUUAUCUGUGAAGUGGACCUUCAAAGUUAAAAAAUCCAAAAAACAUCAAUAUAUAGCUGGGAAAUUGAACGGCUUUUUUCGUGGACAUUAAACUGAGUUUCUAGCGCAAUUUUUAAGAUAACAAGAAUAACUUUAAAACAAAAUGGCCACCAAAAUGGCUAUCUUUAGAGAUAGUGGAGCGGGCGUAUGAAAAUAAUGACCGUGGAGAAUUCAUUGACUGCUAGCGCAAGAGGGUUGAUAGGUUUUGCUUCCUCUUUUGUCAACAGGGAAUCCGAUAUAAAGUGGCAGUCUAUUGUGACCCCGAGAUUGACAAACGAGACUCUAAGCUGUUAACGUUUGACUUCAACAAGCCUGACCAGGAUCCCGUUGAACUAACACUGAAAAACUUCAAUCGCACGGGAUUUAAUCCUCAUGGGAUUAGUGUGUAUCGAGAACCAUCCUCGGGUCAGGUAUCCUUGUUUGUUAUAAAUCACCGACCAGAUGCACAAGCCAUUGAAAUAUUUGACUUCGAGCGGGAAACACAUUCUCUGAUACAUCGCCGUUCCGUGGUGGAUGAUUUGAUCUGGAGUCCUAAUGAUUUAUACGCAGUAGGUAAGUGUCUAGUUAAUUAAGGUGGCUCGAUCCUGUUUUUCAGUGAUAACGCUCUCUCCUUGAACUCGAAAUGCAAAGAGGUCUCAAACAAAGCAGGAAAUCGAAUUGUGCUCGUUACACUUAGGGUGAUCACCGGAGUUUCAAAAAAAGUCAGUUUUUCAUGAUCGACGUAUCCAAAGCAACACGGUGACCCCAUUACCAUUUUGUCGUUUUCGAAGCUGCGUAGAGAGUGUUUUCACUCACGUGUCCAGCAUCUAUGCAAAUUUAUUGGAACAAAAGAAAUAGCUUACAUCAGAAAAGAGUUCAACUCCCACAGGACUGGUUUGGAACACCAAUAUGGCCGGCCCUAGCUACUCCAUCGUGUCUCUGUUUUUAUUCUUUCUAUGCCUUCUCUGGACAGGCAGAUGAGAGUUGUACAACACAGAGAGUCAUUGUGUAACCCAUCCAGUGUCUUAGCUUUGACUACUUAGUUCUUAGUGAUUGGCUUUAAUUAUUAUCAUUAUUAUUAUUAUUAUUAUUAUUAUUAUUAUUAUUAUUAUUAUUAUUAUUAUUAUUAUUAUUACUAUUAUUAUCAUUAUCAUCAUCAUCACCAUCUUAAGUAAUAAGAACUAGGUUGUUUACUUAUCUGCGCCGCGGUGAACUGUACUUUGCCAUGUUCAACGCUGCGACUGUUGCCAGCGUUACAUUAACCUGUUUUAGUUAGCAAUCUACCAAGUCUAAGACUAAGUGGCUACGUAACCAGCACUGUGGAAAAAAGUAGCCCAGAUAAGUGGCUGUUUAUUUGGUUUGUCCUGCUCAGCUAGUUAUCUGAUAACCGUGUAACAAAAUAACAUGUGAGAUAAUGACAUUGUUUUCCCUCAUUUAUCCUUUGCAGGUCCUGAUAGCUUUUACGUCACCAACGAUAACUUCUUCCAUUUUGACAGCACUGUGAUGAGAAGCCUGUGGACAUUUUUACUCAAUUACUGGCUGCAUUGUGACAUCGUGUUUUUUGAUGGAUUUAAGGGCGUUGAAGCGAUUGGAGGAGUUCAUCCUAAUGGUAUUGCUAUGGAUAAAGACGAAAGGUUAGUUCGAAUGUCGAUAAAGUGCGGCACCCAGCGACCCAUUGGGAACAGCGAAAGAAAAAAAAACCGGGAUUGUGCAAUCGUCGUUCUUUGUCCAGUGGAGUGGACAAUUUUUUUUCUGAACUGUAAAUGGUUUAAUAACGACGCGUGCUUAUUACAUUUUGUUGCUUUCGCCUUUUUUUAUAUACGAUGGCCAUUAUCGUUGGAGAAUUGUUUUCAUUUAUUCCCUGCAAUCGUAGCCCGAGGAAACGACCGUCCAAGAACAAGAGCACAAAUUCCAUACUAUGACCUGUCACUGUACCCAUAUUUUUGUAGUGCUUCUGAAUGGUUGAGGCAAAUUUCUCUCGCGGCACAGAAAACAAUCAAUCAGAAGCACUUUCCAGAACAGGGUAGUGACACGUCAUCGGUGUGGGAUUUCUGCACUCGUUCCUCACACGACAUCUCGCGGGAAAAUCAGUGGCGACGUCUGGAAACGUCGGCUGUUUUCUCAGGUUACUGCAAUCGCUGAAAUUUUUUCAGCGCUUUAUAUAUAGCAGUCAUAGCGGUCAUAGGAAACUGAGCUGCACCGGAAGUAUGUACUGGUGUAUAUCUGAAGAUGAAGAUGAAAAUUUUUACCACGCCAUGCGGGUGUAACAGAAAUCAGCUGUAAACAAUGAUUUAAUUCCCUGCCAUCCUCUAUUCCCUUGUAGGUUUGUUUUUACACCCGACCACAUUUCCCUCAGCAUUGCAAUUUACAGACGUCGUCAAGACAACACAUUAGAAAAGUGUCAGGUGAGUUCGCGUGUUUCAGAUUGAGGCUUUGAUAUCAUUAGCAGCAACGAUGGGUGAAGGGAAGUGAGAGGUGGUGGGUGGGUGUGGGGCGGGGGGAAAUUUUGAAUCCCAGGCUCCUCGGGAGGCGGUCCCUUUCAAAAUUAAUUCUAUCUUACGCAUUUCUAAUACCUUAAUACUGUGGUUUUCUUAAACAGACGAUUCCAAUUGGAUCAAUUAUAGAUAACAUCAACGUUGACCCUGUGACUGGAGAUCUGUGGCUUGCGGGAAUACCUCGCGGUAUUGACUUCGUUGAACACUCUAAGAACCUCAGUCUUCCCAGUCCUUCUCAAGUUUUACAUUUGCAGCUUGGAAAGCCAUCUUCAUCCGGGGAAGCUUUUCCUGAUUACAAGCUUCGCGAAGUGUACAUGAAUGACGGGAAGGAAGUGUCGGGCUCCUCGUCUGCUAUUUUUUACAAAGAUCGUUUGCUGAUCGGCUCUGUAUAUAGUAAUAUGGUGUACUGUGAAGUGAAGUCUUAUUAAACUGUUGCAAAGUCGUUAUACAACCAAGAAAACUGCACCUCUGAUCUCUGAUGCUUUUCAACCUGCUAAGGGUAGCUUACGAACGUCAUGGCUCAGUCAAUUCCAAGUGUAGCCUGCGUAACAGGCGCCGGUUUUUUUAGGGCGAAAAAGAGAAAUAUCGAGGUUACGCGCGCGUUCGAGGGGAGAAAAAGAGAGGAGGCGCCUGCCCCGCAGACCUCACUAUCAACUAUCCCCUUCGCGCGUUCCCCUCGCGCGCUCUAUCAGAGAAAUUAACAAAGAAACAACCGGCGCGUGCCACGAAGGUGUGCCCGGUCUUCUUUCCAACCGCUGUAAAUGGCCCACGGUGGAACCAGCAGUUUCAUACAAUAACCCCUCCACCCCUCCGUAGGGUUUAAAAUUUGUGCUAAAUGAUUCACUCUGGGGAUGAGACAAAAGGUAUGUUUCCUUGAAAGAGGCUUAAAAUCGUUAAUUCACGCAGUGUGUAAAUGGCUGAAACAGUGUUAACUUUACUAGUGAAAGUAAAAAACAAUAACGAAGUUCUUGAUAAAAAUCAAGUACAAUGUAGAAGAUACUUACAUAAGAGUAUCCCGAUCUCUGAGAAGCUCUGACAGACCCUGACAUCGAAGACGAAUCUGCUUACCGUUAAAAUUGACCACGACGAAGAAAUGUAUUUUUGUUUCAUAAGUAUGGCUUUUUGCGAUGACAAUCUUUGCAAUUGCCUCCUGAAAUUCUCGUCAAAGCUUCCCAAACGCCUUUAUAGUCGGCUUUUCUCCUCAACAGAGUGCUCUUUUAUUGAAAAUCGCUUUCCUCUGUUAGACGAUAACAUUUUAAUUUUAACACGAAGUUUCAAGACGCCAAAACUCUCUUUAGUAAGCUUGUGCUUGAUGUUUGUGCUUCAUUCACGAAAAUUCCCUGCAGCCGGGCAGAAUUUUUAUGACAAACGCCCCAUCGCGGGAACAUCACAGCCCUUGACAAAUGCCCAGUGUAGCCCUUUUGAAGCUUAAAAAAGCGGGUAAAUUAAAAACGUUCGUUAAUUAGCACUGUUAUGUAACUUCUUUUAAAACGCGUUUUUAGUCCUGUCGUAAGCUCUCGCGGGGACAAGCUCCACCCCCCCCCCCUCCCCCCGACUUCGUUUAUAAGCCCUCGUAAAACCCCUUUUUAACUCGUGGGUACGCGCGAGCGUACCACGAGUUAUUGCAGGGACUGAGAUAUGCAAAUGAGUCACUCGCUCACUCGUAGUAGAUGCACUUCGUAAUUAAUCGGGUCCGAACUCGAGAGCGCGAAGAUCUAUCGUUUCCAAAGAAGGACGCGCUCGCCGAAGUUCGGUAGCAUCAAAUUCCUCGCUGCGAGCGUGCAUCGUGCGCUACAGCACGGUUAGGAUAGAGGUCUUACCAAAUUUAAGACAGGCAGGAAUCUUCCAAAUUAGUACGAUUCGAAAGCCUUUGACCCGUUCAGGCGUUAAACUUGACAAGAAGAUGAGCAUUUGCUCUUCGACUCCUUCAACUUCGACGCUGGCUUGAUCUCCUACCUUGUAGUACUGUAGUAGGUUAUAUGUAUGAAUGAAUUUGUGGCGGUCAGUAUAAAACAAGGAUUGCGGACUACGGACUGCGGACUGGGUAUAAAAUACGGACUAUAAAAUACGGACUGGUGAAAUGUAUGGUAAAUAAAGGCACUUCUUCUUCUUCUUCUUAAGGACUCCCCAAGUGUGUGUGUGAGUGCCCAUGUGAGUUUGAGCAUUACCUUUUUAAAAUAACAGCGGAAAUCGAGAUAAGACUUUUGCGUCCUACUUCGCGGAGGAGUUGUGUCGGCUUUGUAUCGCAUAUGUUCUUUCACUGCCAUGAAAUGCGUUUACUUGUCAGUAGCCUGGUUUCAAUUAGCCUUAAUUUCAUCCCAUUGCUUCGAGUCGUUUUUAUGGCUCGAUCGUUUGCCCCGGUCGUUUGCCGGCGGAAGUUCCAUGGAAAAGGCAUUAAAUUUGAGACUUUUCGCCACGUCAUGUGAUCAUCCUCAAUGGCGUGGUGGCCAUGUGAGGUCCGGUCAAACCGAAGAUACCGGGUUCAAUUCCUGCUAAAGACCUUCUUUUUCCCUUCUUCCUUUUUUUUUCUUUUUUGUUUUGUCUUAAACAGCAAGAAAAGUAUUGUGUUUCUAGAACAAGGAUAGUAUAUUUAUAAUAUGAAUUUCUAUCAUUUCCUCAAAUUCACUGUGGGAAAACCAGAACGUACCCACGAAUAGUCUUUCUUUGAUUUAUAAGCCAGAAGACUCCAGUCUUCGUGGCCGGGUGGAGGUCAGGUAUGUCACGCAAUCUUGAACACUGUGCAUUUUGCCAAGAACUUAAAGCAGUGCGGGCAACUGAAUGUGAUGCACAACUGUCUGUAAGACUUCACACGCCGAAUCCAUGGGUCGACUGUUAACUUUAGAAGUCACUAUUGUAUGUGCUUUAAUCGCUAUUGUGGUUUCACACGUAUUAACAGUCCUGUAAGUGAAAAAUAGAUGUGUUCCAUUGGUUCGAAUAAUAGUUUGUGAACCUAUUAAAAGCUCAAAUGCAUCGAGUGUUUAAUGCAUGUCCUUGGUCCUUGGAUAUUCUCUAGGAUUGCUCUUGGUUUUUUUACGAAGACUUUGAACCACUCCCCUGGACCUUGUAAAGUGAUACAAGGUAAGUUUUUCUAAACAGAUUCUUCACUUAUAUACAGAGUAAGGACUUUGUAGAAGUGGCCUCGGCAGUCUACCGUGUUCGCAAACUUCUGAAGUCGUUUCGCGUACUUGUUGGAUCAGUUGCCAAACUGCUUGCGCCUGAUCAGAGGCUGAAAGAACGAGGUAUAUACUUGCGUAUCGCACUCUUUUGUAUCAUGGCUGAGAGAACGAAGCAUAUACGUACGCACCGCUUGUUUCGCUUCUUAGCGGAACGACAUAAGACCAGAUAUACGUUAGGCGAAACGACCGGUCACCAGCUCGGCGGCUCGCUAGUCAUGAUAGAUGCAUGAACAGCCCAUGCAGAACAAGAAAGGUAAAUAAUUAAUUUCAUGUGUUAAGGAAAACAGAUAUAUUUAUAGGUAUGAGUAUAAAGAAAAGGCAAGGCAUAUAUUUUACUGGGGUGGCAGUUCGUCAGUCGUGGUUGAAGUCUUACGUAUUACAUAAGACAAUCCACUUUAUUUUCAGCGGCUCGACGAUUCACUUGAAUGACAAGGUGGAGAGCCCACGAGCUACUCGAAAUGAAGCUUAUUAAUUACUCUAAAAAGGUUUCCCUGCACUUUGUAGUUUAUUCUCAAAUAGACAAACUAGAGGCCAUCACACGACGUUUGUCAGAGACAACAACAAGUUUAAUGAGUUUUUACAGCCAUUGCACAACGCAGAAUUGAUUCUUAAUUAACCUUGUUGUUUUCUCUGAUAUACGUCAUGUGAUGGCUUCUAGUUUGUCUAUUUGAGAAUAAAUUAUGCCUUCAUUUGCACGUGAAUAACACGAAAUUUACUGUUUCUUUUUUCUCGAAUAACUGUCAAUCAGUCAUCAAUUAAAAACUAUUAAAUUUUCGAUAGCAAAAAAGGCGAAAUCAUUUCUUCCUUCCCUUCCACUAGGAACAGCUGCCACCAGGCUGGUAUCUCCAAAGGAAAUUAGCUUAUUCAAAUUUAUAGAAUUCAUUCAAAUGAUUAAAUGUUUCAAUACAUUAAAAUUCACCAAUCAAAUAAAUUAAAGAUGAAGAAGUGAUUUAAAAAAAUACACAUACAUGUACAUAACUAUUAUUUAAGUAGCUAUGAUACAAAAAGCCAUUAUAGUUUUGAGACACUAACGUUGAGCACAAGAAGAAUAGUAUUCAUUGUCCAAGUGAACAGUUUUCAGUGCCUGAGUUUUGUAGGCAGAGUGCAGAUGCGCACAUGAUUAAAAGUUGAACAUCUCUAAUACGGACACAGAAGGGACAGAGCGGAGUGUCCGUAUUAGAGAGGUGCAUGUCCCUAUAAAAGAGGUCACUAUGGUGACGUUCCUUCGUUCCCUUCCCCCUCCCCCUCAUUCAUUUUUUUUUUUUGCUCUUGUCCCAGCUUUCUAGACGAACCUCGCGAGGAAACGCUUCCUACGCAGGCUAAGUUCUAAGUGUUCAGUAGCUAAAACCAGGUUCACACUCGUCUUUAAACUACAUUUAAGGUUAUUAAUUCACAGUACAAAGACAGUGUCUUUCAGUAACAUACAACGUUCUCCGUCUCAGCCAAAGAAAAAUUACUGUUUUCAAAAGAAACGAGCUCCAGUGCAAUGCUGCAUGUAAAAAGUUGUAACGUAAAGCACAAUUCUGAACGCGUCUUUCGCUAUUUUGCAAGUGCAGUAAACAGUAACUAGAGUACAAAAGGCAUGUAAUAGGAAAGAUCUUUAUGCUAUCUGUAGUUAUUGAAGCCUUCAAAAAGUCAGUUAUGUUUCUCUGUACACCUUUCGCAAAUCGUUGUUUGGUAUACAGUGAGUGGCGUUUAUAUCACCUUGCAUAGCUCAUCAGCCAGAUUCGACGGGAUUCAUCCUGUGGAGAUUCAUGAUCACCUGAUUGGGAUUCGGGAUUCACCUGAUCACCGCAGUGUCUUUAAUUAAGAGGUUAAUUUUAAAUGAAUUUACUCAGACUCUGGGGCCGAGAUUUGGCAGAUUUAGUGUCCGUUGUCCGUAUUACAGAGAGUCCGUAUUAUAGAGGUUUUUUUAAAGAAAAUAUAUGAGAAUUUUGUCGGAACAUUGGAAACUGUCCGUAAAAGAGAGGUGUUCGUAUUCGAGAAGUAUCCGUACCAAGAGGUUUGACUGUAACUAAAAGUGAAGUAAUUGAAGUAAUUUAAUGUUCCUGACGAAAGUUAACACAGAUUUUGGUCUAGAAACUAUACAGUGAAACCUCUGUUAAGCGGACCCCAAUUAAGCGGACACCCUCUAUUAAGCAGACACUAACCCGGGUCCCGAAGUUAAUGUCUUGUAUUUCCCUUUAAAACGAACCCCUAUUCAGCGGACACCUCUAUUAAGCAGACGCGGACACUAAAAUAAAUUGUAUUCGGCCAAUUUCUAUUGUUAAACACCUCUAUUAAGUGGACACCGGACUGAAUUGACAAUAGUAGUAUUGGUGCACUGCAAACGAGAGAGCCUCCAGAUUCUAGAUCCUUUCAGGUUGGCAUCUCUCUAUGUUAAAUUCUUGUUUUCACACAAUAUUUCAUUCAACAGUCUUUCAAUGUUUUGGCUCUAAAAAAGUCUCAAAAUGUACGUGAUCGCAGUGGAGAGCAUGAGAAACAUUGGGGCUGAAAAACAAAGACAUUCCAUCACUUGAGAAGCUUAUUUUCUUACUUUGGGACCCACUGCAUUGUUCGCCGGUCCAGCAUAAUGGAGUUUAUUUGUAUUACGUAUUUGUGUAGAGUCAUGAUUGCUUGUUUACUUUUUAGCAAAUGGCUCUGAGGACUUUGCUCUUCUCCCUGAUGGACUGGUUUUUGUCUCUUCUGUAAGUACUGGUGAAGAUUUCUUUCUCUGAAUUAGCUCCACUUGUACUGCUCUAGACCAGUUAUUUGGUAUAUCUAUCACAGCUGUCUUGCAUACUAAACUAGGGCUGAUCUAAAUGUUGGAUAUGUAUUUAUGAGAAAAUAAAUAAAAAGAGAAAGUAUUAAGCACACUGUUUUAACGUUGAUCACAUCACCAGUAAUCAUGUCAAUAUUGAUAAUAGUAAUUACGAUCAUAAUGAUUAUGAUUUAGGUGAUUGUGAUGAUAAUGAUGAUAGAGUGGUUUUCGUUUGAGUGUCGUAAAACCAAAACCAAAGUAAUUACUCUGGCCAAUCACAUAGGACACAGACAAUACAUUGAACCAAUCAAAACUCGAAGUAAUUACAUGUGGCUGACGCAAAGCGCGGGAAAAUGCAUGCGAGCGCGUCACAAUUGGCUUUGGUUUUACUUCUGAUUGGAUGAAAAGGUGGCGCGAAUCUUUUAAGCCAAUCGCAUCGUGUAGAAAGUGCAAAACCAAUUACUUUUCGACACUCAAAUGAAAACCGCUCUAAUGAGGAUGAAGUUACUCUUUUUCUCUUUUCUGAUUUGCAAACAGGGACUCCGCAAUACAGCAGGACUCUGGUAUGAUCCCGAGAUUGACAAACGAGAUGGUAAGCUGUUAACGUUUGACUUCAACAAACCUGACCAGGAUCCAGUUGAACUAACAUUGAAGAACUUCGAUCGCAAGGGAUUUAACCCUCAUGGGAUUAGCGUGUAUCGUGACCCAUCCUCGGGUCAGGUAUCCUUGUUUGUUGUGAAUCACCGACCAGAUGCACAAGCCAUUGAAAUAUUUGACUUUGAGCGGGAAACACGUUCAUUAAUACAUCGCCGUUCCGUGGUGGAUGAUUUGAUCUGGAGUCCAAAUGAUGUAUAUGCAGUUGGUAAGUGACCCCUGAAAAAUUACAGAGGUGGCAAUCAUUUGAUGGCCAUCUCACAUUCUAAUGACUGGGGAUGAAAUUAUAGAAAGACGGACACCUUUUGGGACCGGUACUAAAUGUCCGUCUGAGAGACGUCCUUCUUAUAGAGAGUCAAAUAAAAGGGAAAAAGAACGCUGGGGACCAACCAUUUUACAGAGGUGUCCGUUAAGACUUAGUCGGCUGUACCAUCAAAUAUCUUUGCUCUGCCCUUUGGUAAAAAGUUUUUAAGGCCACAUAUAAGGGAAUUACCUGUUAACAUAUAGCUUAAGCCAAGCCUGAAAGUGGAAGCCCUCAUACAAAACUUAAAAAAAGCUUGCAACCCUCAGAAAAUUAUCAACUGGUCAUCGGAUGGCUUCAAAAGAAUACGUGACCUCGAUCGACCUCAUUAGCGACCUCAACCCCAGAGCCUUCUCUUGGAAAAAGAGAAGACCUUGGGGAGACCUGGGGACGGGAUUGCCCCAACGGCGCGAUAUUUACAGCUAAGACAGAGAUGCAGUCAAGCUAUGCGGGCCAGUGGAUGCCCCAUUUUGACAGCUGUCAAUUGAAUUGUUAUGAAUGCUGGGAAGGAUACUGUAGUAUAAAAGAAAGAUAUUGCAUUCUCAUUUUGAUAUUACUGCAUGCUUUGUAUUUCUGGGUAUCUGUGUCAUUUUUUGAUGGCUUACAUAAACCGGAACGGACGGAAGGUCGGCUGGAACCCACUGGCUCCUGCGGUCUGUUCGCCCUGGUUGCAUUGCGCAUCGAUAGGGAACCUCGCUGCUUCCCGUGGUCUCAUUCCAGUCAUUCAGUCGAGUGCCCCCUAAAUGCGAGUCUUUCCUCAGCUUUGGGUUUUCAUUGAAAGUGAAACCUGUCGUAGUAAGCAACGCAUGACUCGUCUGAAGUUACCGGUACAUUAGCCAAAUGUAGUAGUCAAAUGUUUUGCACAUUGUGAAUUUUAAAAAUAGACUUGGAUGAAUCCACAUUACGUUGAUCGGAAAAAUUAAACACUCGAUGUAGCGCAUACCUGUAACUUUAACAGUCCUUCAAACAAGCGAUGUGUUUACAAAAGCUGUUUCUUUCCCUUCAAACUGCUCUAUCUCACUAUUCGAAAGAUCAACGGCUAUCGAACCACGUUAUCAGACCCGGAUCGUACAAAGAAGCUAAACUUGACACGUUCGGUUCAAAUUCUCCACCCUAGCUAGGCAAAGGCUAGGUAUCCCCCUCCUUGGGCCCAAGUGAUAACAGGCGUCAUUUUUUUUCGCGUUUUUCAGGUGAGCAAAGUCAAUCUCGAAAAGAGACAGGAGCGCCAGACCCGCGACGGGGCUAGAUGCGUUUCUAGCGCUCCUCGCUCGCUUCGUGUUUGCCUUUUCUUGCCUAAAAAACGCGAAAAGAUAACGCCUACUCUGCAGGCUAAUGCCUACACUACAAUAUAAAACGUGAGAUGAUAAAUUUCGUUCUUUAUUUAUGCUUUGCAGGUCCUGAUAGCUUUUACGUCACCAUCGACAACUUCUUUCAUUUUGAAAGCACCGUAAUGAGAAACCUGUGGGGAUUUUUACUCAAGUACUGGCUACCUUGUAACAUCGUGUUUUUUGAUGGUUUCAAGGCCAUUAAAGCGUUUGUAGGAGUUCAUCCUAAUGGUAUUGCUAUGGAUAAAGACGAAAGGUUAGUUCGAGUGUCCAUAAAGUGUAAUGCCAAGUGACCUACGGGGAGAAGAAAAGUUUAUUACGAUACCUGCCAUCUUUGCACACUUUUUAGGAUUGAUGGGAUAAAAGCAAUUUCAGGUGGUAAUUUUGGGGGAAUACAAGUGAUAAGAGUCGCCAAUACGAGUAAUCACGGUCGAGGUUGUUUAUUCUCUCAAAACGGUGGUGGACAAAACACCGACCCCCAGUGCAUGGACUACCCCCAUGGACUAGCCUCGGUUAAAAUAGACUACGUACGCCGCUGAAGUUUAGUGAUAAGGGGUAGGAAAUUGAGACAAUCAGGUUCCAUUUGGGGUCUUUAUAUUGGGAAAACUAACCUGAAACUUGAUUCCCUCAGUUUUCUAACUCCAAAUCACUAAAGUUCAGCGGCGUAGUCCAUUUUAGGGUAGUCCGUGGACUGGGGGUCAGGGUUUUGUCCACCACCUCUCAAAACUUGGCGAUGAUUUCAGUCCUGCGAGAUGUACAGUUCGAGUUCCGACAACUUUUACGCUAGUAUUGCUUGCUGUUGGGUCAUCUACGGUCGCUACUCUAUCCAAAAAAAUAAAAAUGAUCACCUCCACCAAUAACUUGCCUUUAUCGUUUUUAAAAGAAAAAGUUUUCUUUAUUUUCUGUUGCCUAGAAUAAACAAACUCGACCGCGAUUUCUUGUAUCGGCAGAGUUAUCACUUGUUUGCCCCCGAGAACGUGGUAUCUGUUUUCUCCUCUUAUACAAUGGGCCUAAUGACCUAAACAACGAAUGCAAAGAAUUCCUUCUUUUUGUAUUUCUUAAAAUUCUUUGAAACCCCUACUUAUGUUAAAAUGAAUGCUUGUUUGGUUUACUCUCUCGUAGGCUCGUUUUUACACCCGACAACCUUUCUGGAAGUAUUGCAAUUUUCAGACGUCGUCAAGACAACACAUUAGAAAAAUGUCAGGUCAGUUCGGUCUUAGAUUGAAUGGAAUCCGGAUCCCGGAAAUACAUGCCUGUUGAAUCCAGAAUCUUGGGAUUUGUGCUUGUGGAAUCUGGAAUCCUAGGCUUUGGAACCUGGCAUACAGCUCAAGGAAUCCGGAAUCCCACUAACGAUUCUGGUUUCAUAACCUAUUUCCCAGGGCUUUUUCCCUAAAAAAAAAUUGGGGCCCUGGGAACGAGGUUGCUGGUUCCGCUGACAAAGAAUGCGUAAUAGAGUUCAUGGAAUCCGGACUCCACGGUGUGGAAUCCAGAAUCCAAGACUGUCUUGGAUUCCCUUAUAUGGGGCGAUUGAGUCCUUAAUAUCUCCAGCACUGGAGCAGAGAAAGGUUGGGAAUGGAGUUAUUUAGACCACCUGCAGACGCCUGAAAAGGUCGUCGAUUUUUGUUUGAAUCCAUUUUUGCCUUUUCUCAUGGUACCCUGCGGUAUUCUUAUACCUGAAAACUCUGUUUUUCUUCAACAGACAAUUCCAGUUGGAUCAUUUAUAGAUAACAUCAACCUUGACCCUGUGACUGGAAAUUUUUGGGUUGCGGGAAUGCCUCGCUUAAUUGACUUUAUUGAACACAACCAAAAGAACCUCAGUCUUCCCAGUCCUUCUCAAGUUUUCACUUUGAAUCUGGGAAAGCCAUCUUCAUCCGGGGAAGCUUUUCCUCAUUACGAGGUUCGCGAGGUGUACAUGAAUGAUGGCAAGGAAGUGACGGGCUCCUCGUCCGCAAUGUUUUACAAAGAUCGUUUGCUGAUCGGCUCAGUGUUUGGGAAUAUGGUGUAUUGUGAGGUGAAGUUUUAUUAACUGAACUACUACUAAGUCACCUUGCAACCAAGAAGAAUUUAGUCUGACCUGAAGCCUUUUUGAUGCUAACCUGUUUAUGCUGCCUGCGAAUAUUAGGAAAGUUUGGUGUUCUUGCAGUUUAGACCACAGGGAGAUCCAUUAGAGUGUUCAUACCUCGUAAAGAGUUGCGUCUGGUUGUCGGUCUUUGUUCUUUCCUCCCUUUUCGUUUCUAUUUGCAUACCACCAUUUGCACUGUAUAAACGCUUAGAAGUAAAAACUGAAUAAAACUGAAUAAAGGCAAAAACACCCUUUGAGCCUCGUGACUCAAUUGUUGCAGGUUGAUUUUGUCUUUUAUGCUUGUAUUUUUUGUCCCGUUUAACCUUCCCCGCGGUUCUUCAGUUUUUAAGUUUACUCUAUGAAAUUGUUUACUUUAGCGUCACUCAUCGUUUAGAGAAUGUCUUAGGGCGCUAUUUGUCAUAACUAGCUGGCCAUACCAGUCCAUAUCUUAAAGAGAAUUUUUCACUGGUGACGGGUCAAAGUCGUGUGAGCGCUCUAUAUGAUCUAGUUAGAAUCAAAAUCGUAGUCGUAAAUGGAGUCACUGAUAAGCUCGACGAAAUCGAAGACGCAAGAAUGAGAACGUUUCCAUUUACUUCCUGCUCCUUAAGACUUCAUUCCAUUGCUUCUGAUCUGAAGACAAGGUUGUCCGCGGAGUUCGCGUAAGCUGUUUCGCACUGCGUAUGCGUUUUGGGUCACGUGGUCCAAGCGAUACGUUCACCAAAAUGGAUUGACCGAGGCGCCGUAUAGGGACUUGUAAGUGGCUUACUUCUUUCGGUUCUGCUUGCAAUUCCGACAAACGUAAAGCUGAUUUACACUAGUCCGUGAGCGCUUGUCAAAAGCGGAAUCGGAGCUUCCGGUUUUAACUCUACAGCUGACUCUAGGCGUCUCUAAUCUCUGAUUACGACUUUGAAUCUGACUCCAUCUGACCAACGUGUAUUAUUUACAGCCGCAGUCUGAAGUAGCGUCUUAGGGGGAGGAACCCGGUCGUCCAGUCGCCCCCUUCCCUCAAGAUAGGGAACCCUUAAGUCAGCAUUACAGGCGUUUUCUACGGGCGCGCAAAUUUUUCUGUCAACGUAAAAGGGUCCACAGGAAAAAAUAACGGAUUCCCAUUUUUGGAUAUUUUAGGGUAUUUAAAGAAUACCCAUAAAAAUCCCAAAAUUGGCAAAGUGCGACAAGUCCCAACCAGGGAAUUCCCAACCAAGUUCCCUGAUUGGGACUUGUCUCACUCUUCCAAAUUUGGGAUUUAUGUGGGCAUUCUGUAAAUACCCUAAAAUAUCAAAAAAUGGGAAUCCGUUAUUUUUUCCAGUGGUCAUGUUGAAACUACUUUCUCCCGCUCAAAAAACGCCUGUAAGUAAUGCAUGAUUCAGACCAAUGCUUUUUAUUCUGAAUAAGUCGGUAAGAUGCAUCCAAAAGUUAUGCUUAACUUAUAAAUUAGUCAGUGAUAUUUGAUAACCUGUUCCAGGCGUUCAGUGCAGGGCGAGGACGAAACUGAUAUUUACGAGGGAAAAAAGCGAGAGGAGACCAAGUCUCACUACGUUUUUUCUCUUCGUUUUCCGUCUUGCGCUCGCCGUGUACAGUUAACUCGCUCCCCAUGGUCUGAAUGCCUGGAACAGGCUAGAUAUUUGGUGAAUUAUAUAUCCGGAAACUAAGAAUUUUACAUGUUGACAGAAUUGAAAUACUCCUUCAUCCAGGGAAACUUGAGACAUCAGUUGUUUUGGUUAAUCACUGGUUAAUGAGUAAUGUCCGUCAAGAGAAUGGAACUUAGAAGAAACAAAGAUUUCUUCGAUAAAUUCUAAUCAUUCAUCUUUGACGUUUAACCAAUCCUUUAGAUCAGGCAGGGAUCCCGUCAUAUGGGAACGUGACAUUUCAUGAAUAACUCAUGAGUGUUGUUUUUGUCAUUGGCACCCGCUGCAGUAUAGCGGGCUCAACUCACCUGGUUUAGACAGUGUUAUCUGCCUCACGAAUUUUUUAGGGAACUAGUUAUAUCUUUUUAGAUGGAUUUCAUGCAAAAAUCUGACCUCCUAAAGUGUCUUACAGAUCACAACUAUUGGAUUUCAUGUGGUAAGCUAAGCUAAGUUUAACUUGAUUCUGAUCUAUUUUAACCUUUCUAUUACCCUGCGAGCAGAGGCUACAGUUUCGUUGUGUGAGCUGGCGUGCGAAAAGUAGCCACUACUUUUUGCACGACAGCUCACACAGCGAAAAUGUAGCCUCUGCUCGCAGGGUACCUUUCUAUAAGCUUAUUAAUCAUUAGCCCACAAACAAAUUCAGUAGUCUCAGGUGCCCCUACAAUUUUCUUAAAAAAUAAGUUGAGAGAAUUUGUUUACACUGUCAACAAAUUUGCCAUUAGCUAAUCACUUUUUUUUUUAAUUCUCAGGAACAUUUUCUCUUGAUUUAUGUAAUUAUUGUCAUUCUUUCGAGAAAAUUGAUGUUAAUCACCCUUGGGGAUAAAACGUAAAGACUUUAAAAUUGUAUAUGAUUUAUAAAAUGUAUUAUUCACUAAGUGUGAGGUCAAGAUUGCUUUAUGAAGGCUAAUUUCCUUUUUUACUGGGUCUUUAAACAAUGCCAAUAAUCCAGCCAGGGUAUUGGCUAACAAGAAUUUUUUUACCUGCGCAACCAACUCAGGAAAUCCCAAAUGGGCAAGAAAGGCCCACCUUGCCCACUUGGGUUAUAAGCAAAUGAGAACACACUAUUCACUUCAUCCCACCUGUUCAAGGAAGCAGUCCCAAACAGUGCUCGAAAAAAACUUGAAUUCCAGCUUGCCCUUAGCACAAGCAGCUCUCAAAUUUUCCUUGCCCCGCGCAAGUCUUCAUUUACGUUUUUUAACAAAUUUUAUUUAGUCGGCACAUGACUUGCCUUCAUCUGGCCCUUGCUCUUCAGGCAAGUGAGAAUUGAAACAUUACUAAUGCCCAGCAGGGAAUCCUACGUGUUCUGGAUGUUUUGGACAACCAGACUGCAUUCUUUUCGAGCCCUGCUUAUAGUAAUAAACUAUCAAUGUAUGAUCAUUUGUAGGUUUAUUGUGCUAUCUAUUAGAUGUGGGCAUGGCUCAUGCUUCAGUAAUUUGACAGUAAAGAAAAACAUUCUUAAGCAGGCAACCUAAGAAGAGCUAUAUUGAUCUGAUUUUUUUGUUGUGCUAAAAAUAUUGACAAUGAAUGCUAUCUUCAAUAAAGUAUUUUUUUUUAUACAGAUUUCUUUAUGCACAACCCUCUUAGAUACCCAAUAUCUGAAAAAUACAUGUAUUGGCUCCUGUUUUGAGCAUCCUAUGAAGUCCCAGCAAUUAAUGCUCCUAUUAGAGCUGCAGUAUAGCAUACCUUAGGUAAUCUUUUUCUAGGUUACUCAGAGACUGUAAACACCACCCUAUACUAGGUCAUUCCCACAACCAACAAUGGUAUUAGGAAGGAUUUAAAUGGCAGAUAGGGUAGCAUACUCAACACAUUUAGUUUACUGUAAAAGUAGGAUUGAUCUUUUCAUAAUUCUUGUAUUACAACACAGACAGCCCAAACUUUCAGGGCUGUAUGUUUCUGGGCUCGUCAUACAAUUGUCCCCAAAGUUCAUUGGUGGGGCUGCGGAGUGAAAAAGAACGUCUUUGUAGCCAGGAUGCAAUAACACUAUAAGCUUUUGUAAUGGUUUAGAGAGUCUGAUUGAGAAAUCUGAAAUGUUGAAAAACUGCCUUGUCUUAGCUUCACACGUACAUGCGUGCUUUGGGCGCGCAAUAAGAGCCCCAUACCCAUGCCAGAGGGAAACCAAUGUGAAAUGUCAAACUUUCUAGCUAGUGCGGGAGCCUGGAACCUGCAUUUAACUUGAUAAAGACAUCCAUAUCGUGGUCAGUUGACAGCUGUCAAAACAGAAUAUCUGCUGACCAGUGUCACAUGACCAUAUUGCAGGCUUGAGGUCACAUGUUUUUUAAGUUUUCCGCUGACCAGUUGUUAGCUUUUAAUUGAUUUGCAGGCUCAAGUAUAUGUUUUUCAGUCAUAUGCAUGGUUCUCCCCUAAGGUUAAGUAUAGUUUUUUGGAUUUCUUUGCAAUGUUUUGGAGACCAUUGUCUAAAGUAAAUUUAAGGGGCUCCGCUUUUUGCUUUGGCUAAAUCUUAAUAUAUUAUGUCUCUUUGAGGCAUUUAAACUGUAGGUUUAAAACUAGCUACUAGUUCUUUGAUUGAAAAGCUUUAUCACUGUAAAAUGAUGUAUAAUUAUGAUACUUUGAAUUAAUAUCUGCAGAAUCUCCCACAGCUAAUGGCCCCAGAUUAGAUCUGAUGCAUUCAUUUGAUGAUGUCAUCCUAGAUUUCAUGACAGAACAAGAUAUUCCGGGGGCAAGUGUUGCUCUUAGUAAAGAUGGAAAGCUUUUUUACUGUCAAGGUAAGCAAUGGGGAUGUGCUGGUCAGCUAUUGGCCAAUUUCUUUCCCUCUCCCUAGUAACAGACCCAGAGGUCUUUGCAAAAGUUAACUUGGUUCAGUUUCUAUUUUGUUUCUAAAGUGGUGAAUUGGAGUGCUAAUGUACACUGGUUUUGUACAGUAUGUCUUAUGAAACUGCAAGAACAUAACUUGGAUCCUUUAGGCCACUGUGGAAGCCCCACCUUUUUUUCUCAAUUUAUUUUCAUGCAGGUUAUGGUAGUGCUGGUGCAGGCAGGAAAGUUCAACCAAAUUUCAUGUUUAGGAUUGCAAGCAUCAGUAAGACAAUAACCGCUGUAGGAAUCAUGAGACUUGUACAGGAGGGAAGAGUCUCACUUGAGGACAGAGUGUUUGGAUCACAAGGUAGUUUUACAAUACAUGCUGUCAGUGCCCUAGGAAUGCCUUAAAAUCCUAGUUGUUAACCCUGCCCAGCAGUUGGUUUGGUGGGGGUGGGGGGGGGGGGAAUUAUAUUUAGGAAGUAUUUGCAGAAUUGGAAAUGACAUCUGGAAACAACUGAAGUGAUAACAACAUGUAUACGUUUUUUCACUUCAAGAAACAUUACGACCUCAAACUUCAACUGUAACUGGAAUAUAACAAAACAAGAUAUUGGCAUAUAGAUACAUACUAAUGACCAAAUAGCCCAUUUUAUAGUAACAGAUGGAAACGAGGCGGGAGUUGACCUUUAUUUUUUUAUGUCCCUGCCUAUUGUAAUGUGUAAAUCAUGUUGUUCUUAUGCUAACUAAAUAAAAUAUUAAUAAAGCAUAAAUUUCCAUAAGAAAAGGAAGAAGGUUUGUAUCAAAAGAAGGUCAACCUUAACCUCACAUUCACUCAGAGGGUUGACUAAGCCCACAACACUGUAAAAUGGUCUAUUAAAACUUCACAUGUUCUUAGGAAGUGAUCCUUCCCCCACCUAGAGGAUUGUUGAUGCUAUUUAUGGCCAGUGCCAGUUAAUUCUCUAAAACAAUAUAAACUAAUGGCUUGGCCCUGAUCCCCCCAUAAUUACAGUCCGGAGGAGAUACUCACAGACUUACAGUUAAACAUGCAUAUAUAGAAUGUCCUCCAAAAGUGUGAGGAUACACUUUUUAACCAGCUUAUGUGGGCCUGGAUUGGUGUACUUGUCUUAGCUUACAAGAUAAACUUGGAUGAGGGUAGGGAUAAAUUUAGAAUUUUUAGCUUAAGAGUUAUUGAGUACCAAUUAUGAUGCAUUAAUCCUGCACCCGCAAAAUUUACACAGAUCAGUUGCUGUAUUACUAUUUACUUAAGUGAAGUAAUUUACUAAAAACAUAAGCUAAUCUUGAUAGUUACAAUUCUGUCUUAAUUUUUUGAAGGAAUUCUGAAUGAAUUCAGUCCUACAGUUAAUGGAGACAGGCGAAUCCUGGACAUAACAGUUAAACACCUCCUUCAUCACUCAGCUGGCUGGGACCGAGAUAGGGCUGGGGAUCCUGUGUUUUGGAAGGUUGGCAAGCACUUGAAUGUUGAGGAGCCUGUGUCUCCAAAAGUACUCAUGCAAUACAUGAUGGGAAGGAAACUGCAGUUUGCUCCAGGUAACAAUGUGAGGACUGCAGGACAUGAAUUUUUCAGCUAGGAAUUUAAAAAAGAACUCUUUUCUCUGUAGACUAUGAGCAGCCUGGACCAUGAGUUUUCAGGGGUACCCAAUGAGAAUAUAGUUCAAAACCACUUAAACAUAGCAUUGUUAAACGUAUUUUAGUAUUUAAACGGUAGACAUAGGCAUAUUUUUAUCCCCUAGAAAUUUUUCAUCUGUUCGGAUUUCCUAGCUGAAAGUCUAGUGGUCUGAAAAUUAGAGGGAUCAAAACUUACCUUUUCGAAAAUUUCAGCCAGAAAAAAGGCUCCCGAAAAUUCUAGGUGAUCUUUUUAGGGUAAAAAUCCGUUACAAAUGGGCAAUUGUACCAUUUUUAGAUGUUCGAAAAUCCUUGGAGAGGCAGGCAAGCAAGAAAUUUUACAACAAAUGUUCCGAAAAUUCUAGAUCUCAAAUCUCUUCUGAACAGAUAUUUUCCGACAAUUGACGUUGGAUGCCCCUGAGUUUUUCUUAUUCAGAAUCUUGGCUAUAAUUGAACCCUUAUUAUUUCUGGCGUGCCAUUAAGAAGCCUACUUAUAUUUCUGGCACCAGUGACUAUAGAGUCAAGAAAAAAUAAUAAUGACAAUAAUUCUUUAUCAGUUAAUUACAUAAAAGACAACCUUCAUUUAACAGUCUAGAUUAGCUUUUGUUACCUACAGGACAGUAUAAUUAACUUAAUUCUUGCAAUAAAAUUAUGUUGUUGUUGUUGUUGUUGUAGUCACCUCUACUAAACUGCAGUACUAUGCAUUCAUUUCUUUGUCAAGUCUCUUACUACUUUUUUUUCAUUUGUUUGUCUGCUUUUGUUUAAUAGGUAAAAGACAUGCUUAUUCUAACCUGGGUUAUACAAUCUUGGGGCAGGUUAUAGAGAGGGUAACGGGACAGGCCUAUGAAGAGUCUAUGGUAAGAAUUUUAAAGAGUGUAGAAGUGAGCCAAAUGAAGAUUGGAAGAACUCGAAAAAAAGAUUUGGAUGCUAAUGAGGUAAGAAUCUAUAUAAGACCAAACUUGCGUUAAUUCUUAUUUUUUCCGAGGUUGUAUUAUAAAUGAACUCUGUGCAAAAACGUCUCCUUGAUAUUUUGCUAAUUUUGGAAUGCGCACAAAACGUUCGCAAGUUUUUGAUACAUUAUUUGUAUUAUAGGUAGAAAAGAAUGACAUUUGUAUACCGGAGACUGACAUGCUGGCUGUAAAGCGUGUUAUAGGGCUUAGUAAGACAGUAUACAAAUCUUUUCUUUUAAAAUCUUUGUAUGCAGUAACAGUAUAAAUUGUUACUGAACAGAUUACAUGAUCUCUUUCACACUAAACUUGACAUGACAGAGCCAUCAGAAAAUUGACCUCUUCGAUCAUGUUCCUUUGUGUCAUUUAUCCACCACAGGUAGAAUAUUUUCAUGAUCAGCAUCCGAGGCUGGUCAAAUCCAUUUUCCCCGAGGGUGGUAGAGUGCCACCACAGUACGGAAGGUGGACCAUAGAAGAAGCUGAUGCGCAUGGCGGGUGGGUAGCGAUAGCUGUUGACUUGCUGAAGUUUCUACUGGCUCUUGAACACGGUGUAAAUGGUAAAAGAAUGAUCUCAACUGAAACCUUUAAUGUCAUGCUUGAUAAGCCGCUGUUUGUCGACAAAUACGCGGAGGAAUGGUACGGAUUUGGUCUCGAUAUAAGGGACAAUGGAAGCACAUGGGGCCACUCCGGACAAAUGGAGGGAACCUCAGGUGUGUUAACACGCCACUGUGGGGGAUAUGCUUGGGCCCUGUUGUUCAAUUCUUGGGCUAGCGACUUGGACUUGGAUGGUUUGGUAAAAUACGCUUUGAGUCGAACUGCGCAUGUCACACGACAGCACAUUUCAUCUGAUGUUACUGCAAGGCCUUUUCCCUCACGGCUAUUACCACUGACUGAUAGCGUUCAUAGUACAGGAAGUUCUUUGAGGGAGACUGGAGUCUUCCCUGCCAAGAUUGUGACUGUAGAUAAUCGACAAAUAAUAGACUUGAUGGUCCCACUUAGCCAUUUCUGGACAACAUAUAAUGGUUUUAAAGAACAAGGAUUUGAUUUAACAUGGCUCAAUGCCUUUAGACUUGCAGAUGUCGUAUAUUUCAACGUUAUUUUCCUUCAAAAUGAUGGGAUUUCUCCUACAACUGUAUAUAUCGGAUUGACCGUUGAUUCUUGCCGUGAGUGCGUAGAAAAUCUUGAAGACCUUCGUCCUGUGCAUAUUGAGACUUACAUCGACAGCAACGAACUUCACUUUGCUGUAGUUUUAACUCAGGCUAAUGGCGAAACCUGGNUCACACGACAGCACAUUUCAUCUGAUGUUACUGCAAGGCCUUUUCCCUCACGGCUAUUACCACUGACUGAUAGCGUUCAUAGUACAGGAAGUUCUUUGAGGGAGACUGGAGUCUUCCCUGCCAAGAUUGUGACUGUAGAUAAUCGACAAAUAAUAGACUUGAUGGUCCCACUUAGCCAUUUCUGGACAACAUAUAAUGGUUUUAAAGAACAAGGAUUUGAUUUAACAUGGCUCAAUGUCUUUAGACUUGCAGAUGUCGUAUAUUUCAACGUUAUUUUCCUUCAAAAUGAUGGGAUUUCUCCUACAACUGUAUAUAUCGGAUUGACCGUUGAUUCUUGCCGUGAGUGCGUAGAAAAUCUUGAAGACCUUCGUCCUGUGCAUAUUGAGACUUACAUCGACAGCAACGAACUUCACUUUGCUGUAGUUUUAACUCAGGCUAAUGGCGAAACCUGGGAGUUAAGCUACGAUUGUACCGUUGCCCAGCAUAGAAAAAAUAUGACAACCAUGUUUAAUAAGGGUUUUAACUUGACAGUUCAAUGUCUGACUGAAUUCAAGGGACGACUGCAUGUUACAGCUCUGUACGAGAAAGUUCCUAAUGGGGAAUGUAUAGCCGAGUUCGACAUAAAACCAGAUCAUUACCAAUUUGAAUUCAACAGGCAAGCAAAGCAGGGUGGACAGUUAUCAUACAUCCGGGCCUAUCAGGUGAAAGGUCAGCCUCGGUUUAGUGCUAUUUGGACCAAUCAAAGGUCGUCGCUAAGUGCCACGAGGCAUAACGUUUCCAAAUAUGGUUUUCUGUUCGAACUUGAAGAGGCAGCAAAGAAGAAUGUCUACGCGCAGUGCGUUAGUAGCUACGGAAAUGAAGGUGUUCUUAAUUUUGUUGCGUCGUGGAGUAAAUAA